GUGACAGCAGUAACAAUGGCCGGUUUGAGGCGAGUGAACGGGAAAUUCGGAAUUAACCCAGCUGUCAGUUGCUAUCGCCUGAGUCAGGUUCAGUCUCUGCUCCGUGAGGCUGGCACUGCUGUUCCUGAUGGCAUCCUGUGCUCUCUUGGAAUUGACAGCAGAUAUAAUGAGGGCUGCACUGAGCUGGCUAAAUUCCUGUUCUAUGGACUAUAUGGAAGAAAUCAAAUGAAUCUGGAUCAUGCCCUUGAGGAUUUUCCUGAAGAAAUGCUAGACGAUGUUAUCUUGCUGAUCAAGGCAGAGUGUGUUCAUCUGUACUGCAACCCAAUGAACUACACAUACCUGUUGCCCUACGUAUCCCACUGGAGGAACCUGCAGCUCUACUGCAUGACAGAGGCUGAGUAUGAAGACGAGGAAGCAGCAGAGGAAUUCAAAAUCUCCAGUUUUGUCACAAUGGUGCAGGAUUGCUAUCGUAUCGGUGUACCUUUCAGCUCCCAGGGACACAUCCAGAAUUUUGAUAUGUUUAUGUUGGAAAAGUGGCCGCUGAUUCAAGCAUUUGCCCUGGAAGGCAUUGGGGGAGGAAGCUUCUUUACCAUGAAAUACAAGCUGAUGGACAUGAGUGAGAAGCUGUGGCAGGUUUACAACAGACUGGACCCAGUGUCCAUUGAGAAUCUCCUCACAGAGGACUUGGUUAACUUUGAGAAGCAGUGGAGUGGCUUUUUCUCCAGCAUGGACCUGGAGAGCCAUCUGUCCAUCUUAGAGCUUUCUGAGGCACAAGCAGGAGAGGCAUUCCGUACUUAUUACUCUCAUGGACUGAUCUCAAGCAACAUCACAGAUAAAAGUAAAAGUCAGCAGCCCUUCGUGUUGUUUGGGAAGCACUCGUCUUCAGAGGAUUUGGAGAGUUAUUCAUUUAACUUUCCCUCAGAGAGUCAUCAAGUCCGGAACACAGGACCGCCGGGUUCUACAGCCCGACACAUGGUUCUGCAGUGUGUGACUCCCAAAGGGCCUCUAGCCUGCUCUCGGACCUAUUUCUUUGGGACCACUCACACGCCAUACCUUGGGAAUCAAAACACAGUGCAAAAGAAAACCGAAGUCUUACUUUUGUCACAGAUUUAUUCAGCUGCUGUUCAAGCAGUCCUGUCAGGAAUCAAAUGCUUCUCCUGCACCUCCAGCACUAGCAAGGCUAAGGAUGUAGCAGAGAACACUUUUCUUUUGACGCUGGACACCAUGAAUUUGAAUCAGUACCGCAGUUAUCUCAGGUCCAAAUGUGAUUUCAGCAUUCAAGCCGUCAAUAACCAAGGGAUGAUUGUUCCUCUGACCGAUGAGAAAAGCCGUUAUGUAGUAAAAACAGCAUCCAUGACGGUCCAUGACAUCCCGGACCUGCAGUGGGGUGGGGAGGACCUGGGCUCUGUGGUCUUCUCUGAGUCCUUCUUGGAGUCCAGUAUCAACAUUCAGCAGAAAGAUGGCACUGUGUCCUCAGACAGCUGCUACACCGUCCUGACGACAAACGUGCCCCGAUAUGCCUGCUGGCUGUUGGAAUCUGACGUCAAGCAAUCAGAGCAAGCCCAACAUCUGGCUAAAAAGGAGGAAGCCACUUGUUUGGGAACGGCUCUGACUGUAGCAGACGCUGCGUACGUGUUCUCCAGCAGCCAGCUCUCCUCACCUGAAGAAGGGAAAAUCAUUUUCUUCUCUGAGGGACUCUUGUUCAUCCAUUCUCAAUAUGGAAGCAUUACCUUGUCCAAAGAUCACAUCAGCACCAUCAAGUUCUACGAUCCGGACUCCAGUGCUGUGGCGUCUCUCCUGGUGGAGUAUAAGAGCAGCCUGCUCCCCCACCUCCCCUUCCCUCUCCACAGCACGGACCGUUGUCUGGUGUUUGCUCUUCAACCCAGGUCUAAGAGCCACAGGGCUUUCUAUUCCAAGGUUUUGUCGGUGUGGCAAAACUCUAAAUCUGAGCUCCCUCUGCAAAUGGUGGACCAAAAGCUGCUGACCUGGAACCAGAAAAACAUGCACAGCAGACUGCAGAAGCUGCACGACAGUCAGGAGCCUCCUGUGGCCAAACGCAGAGGCAGCCUGAAGACUUCCUACUCCCAGCUGCCAGAGCAGGACAUGUUUUUACAACACUUUGCCUUGAGUAGCAUUGGUCAGGAGCCCAUUCUGUAUGACCACCUGGGAGUGCUGUUCUCCUCUGCAGAGCUCAGGAACCCAGUCAGCAGUCUGGGAGACAAGGUUGUGGUUACGAUCAUCACUGGAUUACCAGGAAGCCAUAAGGAGAGGCUCUGCAACUACUUGGUCCGGUUGAACAAGGAACGUGGAAGGUGGGUGGUGUACGCGCCUGACCCUGACAGCUGUGACAGCUUCUCAGCCUCUCACCUACAGCAGUAUCUGUCCUGCUUCCUGGAGAGCCAGAGAGGCCCGGGAGGCAAACCCCGUCUGCUGGUCCUCUCACCUGGAUACACAGAUGUUCUGGAUGUGGUCCAGGCUGUUCUCUUCCACCCUGACCCUGUGGUGCAGGCGUGUUUCACCAUCGGCGCUGUCACUGCUUGUGUGGACCCCCUCGCCUCCUGUGUGGAGCACAGGUUUGCAUUCCCUAAGCUGUUGGAGCAGUGCAGCCAAGGUAUUGUGAGUACAGUUGUGUUCACCGGGCUGACAGCGGAGCAGAAGCACCCUCUCAUGAAGCAUGUUCAGCAGCUGGUACGCUCUGCCAACCCCACCGCUGCAUUCAUACAGGCAGAGAGAGGAGCUGUCACCAGGAGUGAAGAUGUGAAUCUGAUACUCUCUGAGAGCAGCUUCAACGAGCCUCAGAUGCUCAGGGCCCGUUACGUCCUCUACCCUGGAUGGUGCAAAGGGCGCUUCUUCUCCGGGUUUGGCUCUUUGGUUCUCACCCAGCAGCGCGUGGCUUUCAACAGGCCCCUCGAGAGGCCUCUAUUUGUCCCCCGCUGUAAAGGAUUCAAGUCUUCACUGAGGACGAACCCCUUCCGAGGAAAUGUGUACAAUGUUUGGGGAAGAGUCCGAUUUUCUGACUCUGAGCAGGUGAUGGAGGUGAGCUACAACACGGUGAGCGAUGACCUGAGCCUUGCCCGUCUGACCCCGAGCCCCAGAGACACCAGCACGCCCUGCUUCCUGGUCUUUGAUGGUGUCGGCCUCACUGCGGAUGGACUGAAGGACUGGCUCCGACUGUGUGCCAAGCAGAGGCAGACAAAGAAACCUAAGAAGACUAAAAGUACUCUUUCACCGCAAGAACUCAAGAGCAUACAUAUGACCAGGCACCUGGACCCCCUGCCACCAGGCUUCUUCUACAACGGUUAUCAAUAUGUGGACAUCUUUGGAGAGAAAAUGAGCUUCCAUCCCUACAUGGAGGAUUUUAUCCAGGAGUACAUCUCCGAGGCCAACGAAGAGGUGGAGCAAUUCAACCGUCAGCUGGAGCUGCAGGGUCAGCCUGACCUGUUUGAUCCAUGAUAGAAUCUGUCUGUAUGUCCACUGCCUCCAUCCGUCUCAUUUAACUCUGUGGGAAACACUGUGGGGGGUGGGGGGGGGGGACAGGGAGGGCACCGGGUCUAUGUACUGAUCACUCUACUACUAUUGUCAAUGUGUGGUCACACCACAUGCGUCUGCAGAGGCUGCGGCUAGAAGUGUAUUUAUUAUCUGUCACUUUGUUUCCUAAUGUGGUGUCAUCAAAGGGUUUAGCUGUUAAACAAUUACCUGACCUAUCAAAAGCAGUCGCCGUCCUUCCUACUGCAACACCACUAACUGCUCAGUUAGCACUCUGGCGUGUCGUGCAUUAUAGUUAUCAUAUAAAAGUGACAGAAUGAUAUGGGUCACUUGGGCAAUUAAAUUGAAGACAUGUUUGUCGAGAGAUGGGAGUUGCUCACAACAAAUCUGAAACAUUACGCAACACAAGACUCCAUCUUUGAACCGAUGCGAUUACGUCUCUAAGCCUGCGGGCUACGAGACUUUCACAAUUGAAGGGAAUUUCCGAGCACACGCUCGCUCAGCUCGCGCGUUUUUGUUUAUCACAGUUGGCAAAUGAAUGCCUCUAUUUCUGGACAGGCAUGGAUAGCCGAGUGAUUCUGGUGGGCUCCCUGGUGGGGUUUCUCAAGAAUCGCUCCUCCUCUGUUGUCACCCAAUCCACGGCCCACCUGUUAUCUUGUCUGCGUGCCACGCUGCAGCAGAGGGAGCGCUUGGCCGUAGAGCUGUAAACAUUGAACAGCCUGUUGGCUGCACACAACUGAUGAAUGAUGCCAUUAAUCACACAGCCAAACACCAUCCCAGUGCUUUAUUUUAAGACUUCAAAAGUCAAUCUGACGAAAGUGCAAUAAAGCCAAAUGCAGUCCAAAGUGUUGUGGAUAUAAAACAGCUGAGGCUGUCAAGAAACGCUUUGAGCUCCCAUGUCCCACAGAAACAUUCCUUAAAGCACUGAAUUCUCUUUUUGUAAUGCUGCUACUCUACAGUGAGAAACCAGGAGGACAGAAAGCUAAGCCUCACUGCAGCCGGGUGUGGAUCACUCAUUUCAUCUUCUCAUCGUCAAAACGUUUAUUUGUUGUUUGUAUGAACAUUCCUUUGUUCUGUUUUAAUCUUUCGGGUCACUACUUCUGGGUUAGACAAGGGGGAAAGGAAAUAUAUUGGUUGUACCUAGGUUCAGCUGGUCAGGUCUGGGUAAACAUGAGUAAGGAGGCGUGAUGUUGAAGAGAAUCACACUUUAUGUUAAUGAGUAGUGUGCUACUGUUCGUGUGUCACACUGAUGUUCUAUGCAUGUCUUCCUCCUGUCAGGGUUCCUACACGGGGUUGGCAAAGUGUUUGGUACGCUGUCAGUCAUUUUGUGGAGAACCUGUGUUGUCGUCCGUAGCGCAGCAUGAGACCCACUUAUAUUGAACCAGCAUUUCAGAAUAAAAGCCUGAUAAAUUAGUCGGAUCUAGAAGUUGAGAAGGUGUAGGAACCCUGCUCUAAUCUCUGGAAAUGUGAUGGCGUUCAUGCAUUAUGGGGUCAGCAGUGUAACGCAGACUAAUUAACAAUCUGUGGUUCCAGUGGCGCUAAAUUGAGUGAAAUAAACUGACAAAGGAAGUUUAAGUGUGCAUAGAAAUGUGCACAUGCUAUAUUGCAUAGGCCUUUGUACUAAGAAUGUGUCUGUAAUCACUAAUGAGUCCUCUUGAGAUAAGAGAGGAAGGGUGUUUUUGCUAAGCACAUAUUUAAAGUCCAUGAUGUAAUUCCUUAGCGGGGUGGGGGGGGGGCUUGCUGGUGAGUUGAACACUUAUUCAACGCUGUUAGCUUGUUAUCUGACAUAUUUUUAGAUGGGUGGUGACCUUAGUUUAUUUUGGAUUGUCAUUCACGACUCUGACGAUGUCAUGUUUUACAUGUCUGUCUGUCGGCGCUGUCAGCAGCCAGUAAAAAUAAUCGAUCAUUUGUUUAGGGCUGGCAGACACACAAAGAGUGACAACAUUGUUAGCAAGUUAUUUUCCCCCAGAUGACCCGACAGGAUCUGCGGGAAUUCAAAUAUUUACGAACCCAUCCUGACACUGCUGGCCCCAUCCGUCCCCUCAGCAGAUCCACUUUGAUCUGAAGCCAUCCCAUCCUGUACUCCACUGUCUUAAGAAAAAUAAUACAAUGCAUCGAAUAGCAAUUAACAUAGCAAUGUAACACGCCUCUAACAUGUAUAACCCUUCCAGCCAGCUAAAGAGGAGCGCACCCCAAGUUACUCAUUCCAUUAGCUCCCCUCUUUCACUCCCGCUCUAUAAAAGAAGUGCAAUUGUACCCUGUGUUUUUACACAUUGUACUUGCGGUACCCUCAAAUAGCUCUUUAAGGACAAAUGGGCUGCUAAAUUCUCCAUCUCUCACAGCUUGUGUUACGAGGGCUGCUGGAUUCUGCCUUUGAGUGCCAGCAUCUCUAUUAAAGUUAUUGACAACAUGUGAAAGGUUUUGCAAAAUGAGAGGGAAAAUUCAUAGAUGGAUCGUAAUGCCAGCGGAUUACAAUGCUUUUUUUCAAAGUGGACAUGAAAUGAUGUAACGCAAAUCCUUUGUUGACAGAAUGAUAACUGUUUUUUAAGCUGGAUCAUCUUUUUAGCAUUUCAGGGAUGCACUCUCAGAGCAGUCUGUUUUGAACAACAGUUGCUGUCGCUUGGCCGUUAUGUCAUACUGCAGAGAGUUCACUUGAUUGACAGCAAAGUAGUUUUGAGGCUGAUGUACGGGAGACUGAAGGCUUCACAACUUGCUACGGAUGUCGAAGAGAAGAGAAAGUAAAAAUAUAAUUGGCUAAGAGAUCCAAAAGUCCUUAAAGAGCGGAGGGUUAUGUAAGAUGUUUGUGAUAUUGAAUUCAAAUUAACACUACGCAUAUACACAAGUACUUCUACACUAUCUUGCAUGUGUUGAGAUGUCGUGUGAAUAUAAUACCACAUAUCUUCUUAAAUUGCCUUUCACCAAACUGGUACAACAGAGAGAAAAUAAUCUCAUUUAUUUUACGUAUCUGCGGAGAAUUUGAAUUACCUCGAAUCGACAAAUAGUAUUUUUGUAAGACUGUGAAUUGAACAUUCUAGGUGCAAGCUAAAGGUCUCGUCUCGCACAAGCUACAAAAAAACAACGAAAAGCAGAUUUUUUUUGUGGUUAAAAAAAGAAGAGAAUCUGAUGAGUGUUGAGAUGUCAGGUUUCUCUGAUCCAGCAGUGCCUUGGCUCCGGCUAAGAAAAGCAGAGAUUGAAGCUGCUUUCAGAGCUGCACCCCCCGCCCUGUCACUGGGGGGCGGAGGUGUUGUCAGGCGACGAUCCGUCCUUCAACAGUGUUGGUGAAAGGAAUCCAUAGAGUCGUUCUUUAAAAGCAAUGUGUUUUUUCCUAAGUCAGAGGGUAAAGUCGGCGAGGUCACACAUGGGGGGCCGCCGGAGGGCUCGGGGAGAUUCAGGUAUUCUCGCAAACUGACCAAAAAGAUGUUGAAAUAUGAGCUGCAUACAUUUAUAUACUCUAAAUGUAUCGCUCACAGUAGAUAAACAAAACGAGGAUUGAGAUUGUUGGGUGACCCCCCUACUUAUUGCACAUUGGGGGGCCCAAAGAGCCCUCCAAAGCCCCUCAGUGUGACUGACCCUCUGACAGACCGAGCACCCUGGUGUCUUCAUCCUGUGUGUGGAUGCUAGCCAUUUUGUAGCUGAAGUUAUAGGACAAAAACAAAGUUUGGUGUUAAUCGAUUUUAUAUAAAGGAGGGGAAAUGCUCUUGUGCUGCGAUGAGAUUGCGCAAAGAUUUCUGUUGUUUUCUACUUUUGAAGAUUGGCUCCAGUGUUCAAAGGGAUUGUGGAAUUUAUGCACUUCUUAAUGACUUAGGUAUUGUUGUUGCUGUUGGAGAAUUCGGCUUGAAAAUGGAUUUCAAACAGUUAAUAUUUCUCAGGCCUUGUGGGACUCUUGAUACUAAUUGUUUGGGUUAAAAGGGAAUCACAGUCCUCACAGACAGCGAGAGGAAUUUGCUCAGGUGUAUUUAUUAUUUCCACUCCUGAGAUUAGACAUUCGCCCCGUAAAACUCGCGUGUUUGAGAAGAAUGGGUGAAAUAUCUUCAGUCCGUAGCAACACACCGGCUUGCCGCACAGUCAAAACAACGAUGUUGUUGUUUGUAUCAAAAACCAAGCAAGAUGGGAGGGGUUUGAUGUGGCGAUGGCAGAAUUAGAUCUGGGAAAAAAAAGUCAAGGGCUCGUUUCUUCUCCCCUUUCUACAAGCCGUCCAAAGGAAAACCUAAUGCUCUCUAGUGUAACGAGAAAUAAAAGUGCCAAACUGACUUCCACAUUUUGUUUUGAGGGCGUUCACAGAAAGUGAGCGAAACUGAAUUGCAUUUGCACAAAAACUACUGUAACUUUUGUUUUUUUCCUGUGACUGAUGCUUUUAUAAUCUUAUUGUUGUUUUGAUUGCACCUCGUAAUCCAUUAAAUAUUUAUAUGGUUGACCAA